AUGGAGUACCAGGACUUUCACACACAAGCUGAAAAGGCUAGGCUCCUCCCCAGCAUAAGGCAUGAAUUCCUGGUGGUUCCACCAGUUUUCGUAAAAGAACUUCCAGAUCAUUACAGGCCUUGGAUGGAAAUUGCCAACAAACUUCCUCAAUUGAUUGAUGCUCACCAGCUUCAAGCUCAUGUGGACAAGAUGCCCCUGCUGAGCUACCAGUUCCUGAAGGGUCACCGGGAGCAGCGCCUGGCCAACCUGGUCCUGAGCUUCCUCACCAUGGGUUAUGUCUGGCAGGAAGGAGAGGCGCAGCCUGCAGAGGUCCUGCCAAGGAAUCUUGCCCUUCCAUUUGUCGAAGUCUCCAGGAACUCGGGGCUCCCUCCUAUCCUGGUCCACUCAGAUUUGGUGCUGACGAACUGGACCAAAAAAGAUGCAGACGGAUUCCUGGAAAUUGGGAACCUGGAGACCAUCAUCUCAUUUCCUGGGGGAGAGAGCCUGCAUGGUUUUAUACUGGUGACUGCUUUGGUGGAGAAAGCGGCAGUGCCUGGGAUAAAGGCUCUUGAUCAGGCCACGAAUGCUAUCUUGCAGCCCAACCAGGAGGCCCUGCUCCAAGCCCUGCAGCGACUGAGACUGUCUAUUCAGGACGUCACCAAAACCUUAGGACAGAUGCAUGAUUAUGUAGAUCCAGACAUAUUUUAUGCAGUCAUCCGGAUCUUUCUCUCUGGAUGGAAAGACAACCCAGCAAUGCCUGCAGGGCUGAUGUAUGAAGGAGUUUCCCAAGAGCCCCUGAAAUACUCCGGCAGGAGUGCAGCUCAGAGCACAGUGCUUCAUGCCUUUGAUGAGUUCUUAGACAUUCGUCAUAGCAAGGAAAGUGCUGACUUUCUGUACAGAAUGAGGGAUUACAUGCCUCCUUCCCAUAAGGCCUUCAUAGAAGACAUCCACUCAGCACCUUCCCUGAGGGACUACAUCCUGUCCUCUGGACAGGACCACUUGCUGACAGCUUAUAACCAGUGUGUGCAGGCCCUGGCAGAGCUGCGGAGCUAUCACAUCACCAUGGUCACCAAAUACCUCAUCACAGCUGCAGCCAAGGCAAAGCAUGGGAAGCCAAACCAUCUCCCAGGGCCUCCUCAGGCUUUAAAAGACAGGGGCACAGGUGGAACUGCAAUUAUGAGCUUUCUUAAGAGUGUCAGGGAUAAGACCUUGGAGUCAAUCCUUCACCCACGUGGUUAG